AUGGAAUCUUCAGAACCGUCUCUACCUUUUUCAACAUUAUUACUCGCUACAUGUGAGUCAAGUGCAUAUGUAGUCGGCAUGGUUUUCAUUGGAUAUUCAGGAGUAAGGUGUGGUAUCUUUACUCCAACGAUAAAAAAGAUAAUUGCGAAACUAGUUUUGAAUCUAUUUCUUCCUUGUCUCUUAUUCUCUCAAAUUGGAGGUACCAUAGAUUCAUCAACGAUAGUAAAAAUAUGGCCAUUACCUGUAUUCUGUGUGUUAUUUGCAAUAAUAAGUGGAUUUCUUGGAAAUUUCGGUGGAAAUCUAUUAAACUUAUCACAAUCAAGAAAAAAAUUUAUAAUGUCGUCCAUAAUAUUUAAUAAUAUCACGGCAGUGCCUGUGGGAUUUAUUAAAGCUUUUGCCUGCACAAAUGCUAUGCAAAUUUUUGAAUCAGAAUUUGGUGAAACUCUACAGGACACGAAGUCGCGUGGGAUUACCUAUUUGUUGUUAUCUACUCUUUUCGUUCUAAUCAUUAGACCUUUUGUGGAGCUAUUUCUUCCCAAAGAUGAUCCCAUAGACACAUCAAAUCACUCCUUGUUGCCAAGUCAAAUUUCCAAGACUGAACCAAGAACAUUAUUCACGCAUUUCAAUCAUGCCAUUUUUACAGAAGAAACUCCAUUAUUAUUAGUUUUGAAAAGAUCCUCUUCACCUUUCCGUGAAACUCUUUACCUAACGAAAGUUAAACAUAUAUUAUCAAAUAUAAUAUCACCACCAGUAUUUGCUGGAUUAUCAGCUCUGAUAAUUGGAACAAACCCAAUGCUCAAAUCAACUUUCUUUGAUUCGGAAUCUCCUCUGUACAUAUAUAUCACGGCAAAUAUGAAACAUAUAGCUGUACUUACUGUUCCAAUUACCUUAGUUUCUAUCGGCACCCAAGCUGGAUGUGCUAAAACUUUGUUUUUCAAAUGGAAUUUACAUAAACCCGUAAUUUAUGUAAUAAUUUGUAGAUAUUUAAUCAUGUCUAUCGUUGGAAUAAUAGUAGUUCUAGGGUGUAAAUUUAUUGCUAAAGAUUGGGAUUGGUUUAUAAUCAAUGAUCCGAUGUUUAUAUUCGUGGCAAUGUGCUUAGCGUGUGGACCAACUGCUAUUGAUCUUUUUGAUUCACAAGAUGAAUUAUUAAUUUUAACAUAUAAUUCUUAUAUUUUACUAUCUCCAGUUAUUUGGUUCACUUUGAUGGGGUUGUUGUCAAUUACUGCUUAUAAUGUUGGAAAAUUCGCUAUUGCUUUAUAG